AUGGUGUCAGCGUUGUUUCGGACAGAAACGCCGUCACGGAGCAUCCUGCGGCUGCCCGGCGGCCAUGUUGGCACCGCCAUUUUGCCGGGGGUCGAAAAGGGGCGAGCCGCAUGCGUACGCCGGCACGCAACCCUCGUGCAGAGAACGACGCAAGUCUCCGCGCCAUUCACUGCAACUAGUGCUCUACAGCACUGUUUGAGCGACCAAUUUUAUUCAAUAAGAAUAAUAGUUACUGAAUUACCGGGUGUGAUGCGGCUGGGUGUCAUCCUGAGUGCUGCUGCGCUUCCUCUUGCGGCGGAAGCACCAGUCUUGGCCCAUCGCAUCACAGCCGGCGUGCCGCGAGCCUCCUCCGCCCAGGGCGCCACUCACUCUUCCACCAUCGCCUUACAUCCACACUUGCCAAGAUUUAUACCGAUA